AUGAUCGUCAUGGAGGUCACGUUGUCACGUUCGCUGGGUCAGCUCACCAGCCUCCUCUCUGGCCAGGUGCUCAGGGAUGAAAGCUACUGUAGGCCUUAUGUCCAAAGAGUCCUGAGUGGGGCAGAAGGGUCCGACUCACCCCGGGGACUCCAUCACCGUCGCGCGGGAAAGGAGGCGGGGCAGAUUCUGCGCUCCGCCCAGCGCGGCGACGUCACCGCCGAGCGCCGUGGCUCCCCGCCUCCCACCCCCCCACCCCCGAGCUGCCCGUACUUGACGUGGCGUCACCGCCCUCUCCCCUUGCUUUGCGUGCGUGUGUGCGUGCGGCGGAGGUGGCGGCGCGGGCAGGUCGGACCUCGGAGCCGCUGCUCCUGGCGCUCCAGCGGCCGCUGUCGCUGUCCGGAGGUCUCGGACUGCCGAGCAGACGAGGGGCCGGCCACGGUGCCCCCGAAGCCGCCGCAGCUGGCCGCGGGGCCCGGCGGGAGGGUGGGCGAGCGCGUGUCGGAGGGCGCCGCGCGGGCGGGCGGACGGGCGCCCGCGAGGGAAAGAGGCGGGGGCGGCGGGUCAGCCGCGGGCCGGGCCGGCCGGGGGAUGUCGAUGCCUGACGCGAUGCCGCUGCCCGGGGUCGGGGACCCGGCAGGACCAGGCCUUAAAUUUGCGCCUGACUUUUCCUGGAUGAGAAGCUUCGAAGACGCGAGCGGGAGGGGGUGA